AUGGCGUGCAGAUGCUGGGGAGGUUCUGAGAUUCCCCCAAGCUGGCCCAAUGCAGGCUGGAGCGCCUACAGGUCACUUGCUCUCUUUUUCGCCCUUGUGACUUCAGUGAACUUGAUAGGUAUUCCUCAGCUGGUGGAUCCUACCUUCCCAGGUACUGUCACUUGCAAUGAAAAUGGAAUAACAGUAGAGUUCCCAAGCGAUCUUGAAGCCAAGGCAUGGCACGCAUCUGUGGUGGAUCCCUCCGGUUUUGAGAUGCCUAACUGCACUUAUGUCCUGGUCCCAGAGAAGCUCACCUUGACGGCUUUCUACAAGACCUGUGCCAGGGAUGUGCAUGGUGGGCACCAGAUGAACAUCAGACUCAUAAACAGCUCUGCUUUAAAACACGAGGCUGUCACUUAUCAGUUCUUCUGUCCAGUUAUGCAAGUAGAAGAGACUUAUGAGUUCUCAGGAUCCACAGUCUGCAAGAAGGAUUUCAUGUCUUUUUCCUUUCCGCAGAUUUUCUCUGGCUUGGCUGAUGAAAGUGAGAAUAUCAAACCUCAAAUGGGAUGGAUGGUUGACUUUGGUGAUGGUCCCAGAGCCCAAAGUGUGACCCUGUCAGAGGCCAUGGAACAAGGAUUUAGUCUCCUGUUUGACAACCGCAAGAUGACCCUGCAUGUGCCAUUCAAUGCCACUGGAGUGACUCGCUAUGUGCAAGGUAACAGUCAUCUCUACAUGGUGCCUCUGAAGCUUUCGUUUGUAUCUCCUGGGCAGAAGAUCACCUUUUCGUCACAGCUUAUUUGUGUGUUAGAUCCCGUGACUUGCAAUGCCACACACAUGACUCUCACCAUACCGGAGUUUCCUGGGAAGCUGAAGUCCGUAAGCAUCGAAAACAGGAACAUCGCAGUGAGCCAGUUGCAUGACAGUGGGAUUGAAAUAGAAGCAACAGAUGGCUUGAGAUUACAUUUCAGCAAAACUCUUCUUAAAACAAAGUUCUCUGAAGGAUGUCCAGUCUACCGGUUCUACUUAAUGUCAGUCAAGUUGACCUUUUACCUUCGACUGGAGAUAGUAUCCAUGGUGAUUUUUCCUGAGUGUCCCUGUGAGUCACCAGUUUCUAUAGUUACAGGUGAGCUGUGUACCCAGGAUGGAUUUAUGGACUUCGAGGUCUACAGCCACCAAACAAAACCAGCUCUCAACUUGGGUACCCUCAGGGUGGGAAACUCAUCUUGCCAACCUGUCUUCAAGGAUCCAUCUCAGGGGCUGGUACAGUUUCACAUACCCCUGAAAGAAUGUGGAACAAGACAUAAGGUUAGUUCUGGAAGGUGGUAAGAGGUUAAGACUUUGAAAAUGACAGUGAAGUGCUAUUAUAACAGCGAUGACGUGCUGCUAAGUGCCAGUGUCAAAAGUCUGCCUCCUCCAGUGGCCUCAGUGAAGCCAGGUCCACUGGCCUUGAUCCUGCAAACCUACCCAGACAACUCCUACCAACAACCUUACAAGAAAAAAGAAUACCCAAUAGUGAAAUACCUCCGCCAACCAAUUUAUAUGGAAGUGAGAGUCCUCAACAGGGAUGACCCCAACAUCAAGCUGGUCUUAGAUGACUGUUGGGCAACGUCCACUGCGGAACCAGCCUCUCUCCCCCAGUGGAAUAUUGUCGUGGAUGGUUGUGAAUAUAGCCUGGAUAACUACCAAACUACCUUCCAUCCUGUUGGCUCCUCCGUGACUCACCCUAAUCACUAUCAGAGGUUUGAAGUGAAGACCUUUGUCUUUGUAUCAGAGGCCCAGGUAUUCUCCAGCCUGGUCUACUUUCACUGCAGUGCUUUAAUCUGCAAUCAGCUCUCUCCUGAUUCCCCUCUGUGUUCAGUGACAUGCCCGGUAUCAUCUAGGCACAGGCGAGCCACAGGGGCCACUGAAGAAGAGAAAGUGACAGUCAGCCUCCCGGGACCUAUCCUCCUGUUGUCAGAUGGCUCCUUGCUCAGAGAUGCUAUAGACUCCAAAGGGCACAGGACUGCAGGAGACGUUGCUUCUAAAACAAUGGCUGCUGUGGCUGCCUUAGCAGGUGUGGUGGCAACUCUAGGCUUCAUCUGUUACCUGCGCAGGAAAAGAACCAUGAUGUUAAAUCACUAACUGGACUUCCAAAUAAAGUAGUUGAAGUAAGCCUCUUGCCUUCUAUUAAGAUUA